AUGAAGAUGACAGUGUGUCCUUUACAUCGAGAUUUGUAUGGCAUUCGCUGGAGGUGCAACAAGACCAGAUGCUCAAUUCGAAAUGACCUUGCAGCACAUAAAUCUUUAUCCGUCAAAGCUCAAUGUGGACUUACAACUUUAUUAUCAUCUUUUAUUUUUAACAAGACCAAGAUACUUAUUCCUGUGGGAACAGGUACGAGGUUAAUUUAUUCAAUACAGGGUGUCCCAAAAAAAUGCUCCCUGCCAUAUUUGGUGGUAUUAUUUCGCUAUAUUUAAUCAAAGGUUCAAAUUUUUUGCAGUGGGUUGAAAAACAAUCAUAUUAUAUUAAUCAUAGUAUUUAACUCACCAAAAUACUUAACCGUUCGGCUUCUAGAGAUACUUAAGAUGGCGCCACCAAUUUUGCAACACGUCCAAAUUACAGAAAUUAGGUUAAAACUCGGAAAAUUAGGUCGGCACUAGUCUUCCCCUUUUCUGGGGAUUGCUUCAUUAUUUUUACAGAAAAUUAAUUUGCGAUUUUGGCUACAAUUAAUUACAUGUUUUAGAAAAGAUAUGUAGCCAUUUACCAUUAAAACAUUUUAUGACGUUCCGUAAUAUGUUUAAACCUAAUAUCCUCAAUUUGGACAAGUGGCAUUAUUGGUGUCGCCACUUUAAGUAACUCUAGAAGGCGAAUGGUUACAUAUUUUGGUGCGAAAAAAUGCAACGAUUAACGUAAUAUGUUCAUUGAUAAAAAAAUGAAAAAAUUUGAAUAUUCGAUUACAGGUAACGAUGUAGUACCACAAAAUAUGAUAGGGGGCAUUUUUUUGGGGACACACUGUACAUCUAUUUCCUGCGUAUAAGGUCGGCAGGAAACGUGAGAGAAGUAUGAGGAUAUUUUACCAUGCAUGCACAAGUAGUGCAGGUUUUGUUUUUAACUGAAUUUCUACGUUUUUUUGUAGAAUGAAGAAUUUACUUACUAAACUUUUAGCAGCAAUGCCUUUAUUUUACAGGAUAUACAGUAUACUGUAUACGUUAACUUUUUGUUUGUUUUAGGGAUAUGCAGGAGUAAAGAACAUUUAGCUCAUCUGGCAACAGAAUGGAGAACUAGUAAUUUAGUGUCAACUGACGACGAAUCAAGUAACUGCUUAGAAUUAUCAACAUCUCUGCCGCAGAUUAACGCAGAACAGCCGGUAAUAAGAAACAAUUUUAACUUUAUCACGAGCCAUGAUCCAUGCACUACAUUUUAAAAGCUUCUAUUCUUUAUUAGGAAGACAGUAAUACUGGUACGUCAGAUGAACUUGUUGAAGAAAUGGAUAAACUUGUACUUAACGAGAUCAGGUGGAGCAUCUUUUCUCCAGACAUUGCAAGUACUACAUCAUCAUCUUGUGACGUCACCGAUGUUUCUUCUUCAUUGGUUGCUAGAAGAAAAAAGCUAAACGAAUAUUUGGAAGCCU